UUCAAUCAGAAUUAAAGGCAAAACUCGAAGGACUGCGUACUUCGCCAAAAGUGGACCUCUAUAUGUAUUUAGCUGCGCUUUUGGCCAGUCUGGAUUGAGAAAAAGCCAGUGUGGCAACCAGGACGAAUUUAGGCUGGCGGUUCAGCUGCCAAAUCGACUAUCCGACCGGAGCAGAGACCACAGAAAGAAGCCUGUUUUCAUGGUUUCUCAAUCACUGUGAACAGUGACUUCAUUCAUGCCUGCUUCGACACGCAUUCACGAUCAUCCAUCCAAUACCCCAAAGCAUUUUCAUCAAUAACAUGACUAUGGGGGUUCGCAAACUUCAACAGGGCAUGGAAUAGAGCCAGGUUCUUUUACAUGAGUCCAACAAGGCAACCCUUGUGCAAGCAAACAGAUUUGGGGUCUGCCAGUACAACAUAUAUAUUGAGACUGUAGCUAUAUUUUAGAGCGCAAUUUUCAGUCCGAUGCUGCGUGUGAUGGCUUAAAACUCCCCAGUGGAGUUGAUAUGGUCUAUUUCCUUGAUGCCACGAAAGCGAAGAUAAAUAUAUGGAGCCUUCACUCAACUCAUGAUGGAUCAGCAGCUCACGGAAAUGCAAGCUCUUCUGGUGGCGAACGGUCAAACAGGUCUGCCAAGCGCCGCUGGCGGGGAACCUGCGCUGACUGGAUCCAUGUCCCUUCCCCAUCCUGACAGUGAGUCCGACUACGAGGAAGAGAACGCUCGCUACGAGGAAAUGCGCGGCGUGAUUGAGACGGGGAACGGGCUGAAGCUCGGGGAGCUACUGGCUGAAUGGCAGGAGAUGGACUGGAUUCGAGACUGGAGAAACGAGGAGAACCUGACAUUGUAUGCUGACGCCAUCACGGACGGAUACUUGGACAUAAUCAACGUACUUCUGAGUUUCGACAUUCCGCUGGGAGAUGCCCUCAUCCGUGCCAUCGAUGUAGCCUUUGAUGACGCAAUCACGGCCAUAUGCCGCUACCUUGAAGCUCAUGAGGGUAUCCGAGAUGAAAUUCUUACUGGUACUUGUGACAACGAUGAUUUCCACCCUGCUGUAACGCCGCUGAUUCUAGCUGCCCAGCGAAACAACUUUAGUGCUGUAAAGUUGCUUGUAAACCUUGGAUGCAAAGUCACGGAGCCCUCGAUGUCUCAGGGCGGCGAUGUGACCCUGACUCAGGCCAUAUCCACCCUGCACAUCUACCGCGCCCUCUCACAGCCUGCCUACAUCCUGGCCACCCAGACGGACAUCUUUGGCCACGCCUUCCACCUCAGCGCCAAACUCAAGACGUUGAGCCGCACGUGGGAGGACUUCGGGGCCGAGUACGAACAGAUGGCGCGCGGCGUCGACUUCUUCGCCGGGGAGAUGCUUGGGGAAUCAAGCUCGACUGAAGAGAUCCUGGCGCUGUUCCGAUACCACAACACCGACAAGUAUCGAGAUUUGGAGGGCAAACAGCAUCCCCUUGCUAAGCUGUUUGAGGCCAUCGAGUACGAGCAGAAAGAGUUCAUAGCGCAUCCCCAUUCACAGAAGGCCAUCAUUGUGCAAUUCUAUCGGAAUCUCUUGGAUUGGAACGAGCGGGGGAUACUCCAUCAGGUUCUGCUGAUCCUUUUCGUUCUCCUGGGUUUUCCAAUCAUUUGCCUGCUCUACAUUUUUGUGCCCGUUCGCCGAGUGGUCAAUUUUGCCCGACUUCCUUACGUCAUGAUGAUGAUGAAAGCAGGGUCUGGUUUCACCUUCCUCAUUUUUAUCGUCGCUGUCACUGUCAUGGAUAAGCAUGCCUACCCCCGAACUGUGGAACUGCUGCACGGGUUCAUGUUGGUAUGGGUAAUAGGUUUGGCGUGGUUACACAUCAAGACGAUAGCAAAACACGGUUGCAGUCAGUAUUUAGCUGAUACCGUCAACCUCCAUGAGCUCGUAAUCAUGGCGCUAUACUUCACCGUUGUCAUACUUCAGUGGACAGGUGGCAGUCAAGUAUCUGACGAUCCGUCGCGUCGAUAUGUGCGCCAUGAAGUCGGCAGCCAAGACAUUUCUGACGUGCAGUAUCACGUGUCCUCAGCUUUGGAAAAUCUCCAGAGGAGGUUGAAUACUUCUUUACUCGGAGGCGUAAAUGAGAUCCUUGUGAAAGCUCUGUCUGGCUGCCGCCCCAGUCCGACCGACACUAUACGUAGCAGUCUGGCAAUGGGUGUGGAGUCAUCGUUUGAAAACCACCUACCUGAACUCGAAGAAACCAUCGGACAGGGUCAGUUCGAACCCACGAUAAUCGCUGGGGCUUUGUUUGGUGUGACUGUCACAGUGUCGGUUCUGCGCCUGCUUAACAUUCUUCUUGUGAGUGACUCGCUCGGCCCGCUGCGCAUAUCUCUUGGCAAUAUGAGGGGUGACAUUGUCAAGUUCUGCGGCAUUUUCCUGGUCAUUUGGUUCGCCUUCGCCAUCGGCCUGUUCCAAAACUUCUACUCAGCUGGUCAGUCGGCUACUCGGGCCUGCAUUGAGCAAGGACAGGAUUCUGAUAGUUGCCAAUUACUUGUGGGAUUUUCAACCUUUAUGGCAAGCGUUCAGGAUCUCUAUUGGUCCUUGUACGGCUUCAUUGGGACAGAUGUACUCCAGCUCCCUGGUAAGCAUUCCGUCGCUGAGGGCGUGGGUACCUUCCUCUUUACCGGCUAUCUGAUCGUCGCUGUGUUGGUGCUGUUGAACGCCCUCAUCGGUAUGUUGUCUAACACCUACAACCUUACUGAGGAAAAUGCCGAUACGGAGUGGAAGUUUCACCGUGCCGCUGUCUGGGCCUCCUACCUGCGUCCCGUAGCGACCCUACCGCCACCCUUCAACCUCAUCCCAUCACUCAAGACUGUGUGUGGUAUCUACCUCUGUAUUGUUGGGUUAAAUCGUGAAGUUGUUAGCCGGAAGGAUAUCCACUUCAAGAAAGAGCUUGAUGACUAUGAGCGGGUUCUACACCUCGUCAGUCAACGGUACAUCCAGGCCAACUUGUCCACGGAAUCGCUGAACAACGAGAAUGCUCGUCCACGGGACCUCCAGACGCUCAGAAAUGACAUCCUCGCAUUCAAAUUUGGUGUCCAAGAGCGACUUAAAAACCUGGAUAAUGUGCUAAAUAUAACCUCAGGGAAGACCUCAACAGUACACCAAAAGCUGGAAGACCUGCAACCUCUAGAUGUCCGGGCAGAAGACCUCCUAGACCAGUCAAGCCACUUGACCAACGUGGCGGUCAACCUCCACGACGAGACCGACACACUGCAGCAGAAGCAGAAGAUUGAAAUAUCCGAGAGGGACCAGGAUGCCGAGAAGAUGAGGACGACGAUAGCUCAGCUCCGAGCCGAGAUUGCAGACCUCAUCAGCAACCAUACAGCUGAACAUAAGAGGAGGAACAAGCUAGAAGCUGACCUGAACGACUCCAUCCACAAGCUGAACGACACCGUAACUGGACUCCAAGUCGAAAUGGAACGAGUCGAGGCAAACCACCGAGAUGAGCUUUGCGCCAGGGAUAGGAAAGAAGAAGGCCUAAGGGACACCAUUCUCAACAUCCAAGAUGAGAACAAAUGUCUAACAGAUAAAGUGCACACUUUGAAUCAAGAGAAAGCCAAUCUGGAGCGUAAAGUUGUUGAAUUUAAUGAAGAUAUCAGUGCUCUCAAGCUGACACCUUCCACAUUAACGUAUACAAUAGUAGCCCACAAGACCGAGAUUGAGAAGCUUAACGCCAACCACGCGGCGGAGAUGACGGCCAAGAUCAAACAGGAAGCGGAACUUAACCAAACCAUUCGUGAACUUCAAGAAGAAAACAAGCACCUUCAAGAUGGUAUCGGUCAGGCAAAGAACGACAAUGAAGGCUUAGAGAGAGAAUGUUCUGAAAUGAGAGAUGAAGUGGUAGCUCUGCAAUUCAGGAUAGAGGAGAUCAUAGGCAACCACAAAGCAGAAGUGCGAAGAAAGGACCAGAAACACGCCAAGCUGGAAGAAGUAUUUCGGAGUCUCCAAAAUGAGAACGUCGGUUUGAAGGACAGCGUCUCCGAACUGGAGGCCAAUAAGGAAGAGCUGACACAAAGAGUACACCAUCUCCACGAAGAGGUCAAGGGUGUGCAGAAGGAAAACUUCGUCUUGAAACAAGCGUUGACGAGACUGCAAGCGGAAACUGAGCAGCUAAAGACCAGAGCUGUCCCCGGUUGGUGAGGUGAUUUAAUCGGCCUUUGGACGUUAAACUGAUUUGCCAUUGUUUAAUUGGUAAUUAUAUUUCGUGUUGUUGUUUCAUUCAUAAACUAUCUUUCUUAUCCAAAGGGGCCAACCACCGGCAACGAGACGGAAAUUAACUAAAACAGGUCACGCCUCUUGCUCGAUUUCUGGAACCACUCUGUAAUGUGCACCUCAAACUGGAAAUCUUCGGUGUUUAGUUUAUAAACGCGUCAAACGUUCUUGGGUUUUAGAGUGAUACUGUUAGGUUCAGUGUGGUUAAGGCUUUAAUAAGUAGUGGUGUAAUUUGUUCAUACCAUAAAAGUAGAUAUUGAAAUCAUAAUAGAUUUUAAAGGCUUCUAACUUAAAACAUUUCCUCUUCAAUCUCUUUCCUGACAGCUGAAAUUCUUUAAAGAUAAGUGUGUUUUAUUUAUUGUAAAGGACUGAAGUUUAGACCAGCGCUGCACAUAGAAAUAUCUGAAUAACAGCAUACCAACCAUAUUCGAGAGUAUCUUCAACAUUACAGUUUCAAUUAUACCGUGUCAUUGCAUAACUGGAUAUUUUGCAUCUGCGUAUGAACUUCAGCCUCUUUCACUAUUACUUCAUUUUCAUUUAGAUGACUGAUUUCGUCAGACUAAUUGAUCGGAGUAAGGCUUUAAAGCAUGUAAUUGAUUCCAGAAGCAAUUUGGAGUGGAGAAAAUGUUUUUCAAAUAGCAACAUGUUCUUUGUAUGUAGACAACGUUGUUUUGAAAUCUAACAAGGCUGUGGUGGUCAUCCUGACGUGUUCCACGUAUGAUAAGGUUUUUUAAAGAACGUUGCUUAGAAAAAUUUUAAGAAACUGCUGAUGUGUUCUUCAUAAGAAUAGCAUGCAAGUUGAGAGGAAUGGCCCGUAACUAAAAUUUGGUGUAUUAUCAUAAUAGACCAUUUCACAGAUAUUCUAAAGAUUCCAAAAUAUAAAGCUUACGUGGAUCCAUUUACACGAUAAGCCAUCAAUUUUGGAAGUUUGUAACCGAAAAAAAGAAAUACAAUCCCGUCAGGAACUUUAACAGCUGCUGUGUUGGUCUCACUGUUCAAUAUUAUUUUGUAGAUUGACAGCACGAUUUAAUUAGAGCAGAGUUACAUGUAGUGUUGCUUUCACUUACAAUUUUUAAAAAUCGUCGUUUAUUAAUAAGUUUUUAAUUCAUUUUAUUGUAUAUGUAAGUUUUGUUCUGUCUUUGGCUUCUGCAGCAAGUAAAAUCAAAGCAACUGCGUAAACAUUUUACCAGAAGCUGUUUAAAACAACAGGUCUUUAAAUGUUUGGCCUGGUACAGAGCUUCAGAUAUAAUAGAGAAAUUGAAGAAUAUCUCACGCUGUCCUUAUUUCCGUUGUCCGCUGAAAAGACCUGUGCUUGCAUGAAGCAAAGUAGCCCAGCCAAAAAAAAAAACAGAUUACAUUUUUUAUCAUGUCUUAAACAAACGACGCUUGGACUCUUUAAUCUUGACUUUGGUUGUUAUCUUGACUUUAAAUGACUUGAAAGUAAAGAACAAAGUGCCUAUCAAUAAUAAACCACAUCACUACUAGAAAUUUGAGUGACUGACAGCUGAUGCAAUCUCGAUAUUAAAGUUCAGAAGCACUUUUCGGUUAAUAGUUUAGUACCCACACUAUUUCAUACAUGGAAAUGUCAUAAUGUUAAAGGUCUAGGCCUAUUCAAGGUGUCCAUAGUGAAGUUGGACAAUGUAAGGGCUGCUGUAAGCAUACGCUGUUUGUUUAGCCUUAAGUUGGGAAAUACAUGUAUAAUAAUUACCUGAAAGGAAAUUCGCAGCGGAUCGGAUACGGUCGAUAUGGAACAAAUAUCCUUCAAGGCAGAAGGCCUGGUUCCUAGAAGAUCUCCUCUUCAAUUGGUUUUCAUUUACAUACACACAGGUCCUUGUCCCAUUAUUGAGAAAACACUGCUUAACUAGCUUCUGUACAAACAUAAGUUAAACUGGGCAAACUCCAAGAACCUGAUCGCAUCACAAGUACUGUACAAGUGAGUGGACUGUUGUGGCUACAACGAAGAAGUGAACAAGGGCCGUGUGCGGUUUCUCGGUUAUAAUUGUGUGUGAUGGGACGCCCAGCCCUGUCCACUCGUUAGUGUCCAAUAUAAAAGGUAAAAUUCUUGGCCAGGGUUGAACUGAAUAGAACAAUGGGACUUUGCUUGCUUCUUUGAGGGGGGCGCAACUCGAAGGGCACGCACCUGGUGUAGGAAUUCAUUACGUUUGCAAGUUGUUUCCUUACUUUUGAACCAGAGUGGAAUUUCUGACCGUAAAUUAUUUCCCAUUGAAUUGUCUACACAUUCUAAAGGUUGUGUUCUUAUCUAUUGGGCAUUAAUUUAUUUUGUUGACAAGAUUGCCUUCAAAUAUACCUUUUCAACGUGUAUCAUAUUAAUCAUGAUGAAUAAAACUCCAAAAGCAUUUCAAGCUCA